GAGCACUGAACGCCCUGGUGUGAUCAGAAACAGCCAAGCAACCUAGGUAGCUCCCUUCUAAACAGAAAAAUGGAAGAAGAUCUGAAAGUGAAAAAUAAAGCUUCUUAUUCUUUGUGGGACUGGCCAAGGAGUCUAAGGCCCAGCCCUUAACAGUUGCUGAAUGGAAAGGAUGUCAAAUUCGUGUACUGCCUUGUACUGUGUUGCAGCUGCAGUUUACUCCUCCUCUGAUCUCCCAGCUUGGUUUGCAGUCUUGGUUCCUGUGCAUUUGCUGUUCCUUCAGCAGCAUGUUCGCUGGGACAGAAAGUGCUCAAGUGGUGGCCCUGUCACGUAGCAUGCUCUGAGUUAUGUAAUCAAAUAUUUCAUAGGGUUUUAAAACUACCAGUGCAAAGAAAAGAAAACAUUAAAUGAAAUGCCUGUGGAGGACAACAAUGAAUUGGGUCAUCUAUUAAAUUUUUCAUCUCUGGAGUCUGCUCAAGCCCAGCAGCAACCGAAGCAGUAUAAAUCUGAGAAUUCAUGAUCUUAAAAUGAGAAGGUAAUGGAUGAAGAGGCCAUUAUGAGAUAGAUAUACAAGAAGCUGUAUUCCUUUCUCCUAUUCCUUUCUCCCUUUUUUUCUUUUUAAAUGCAGCAGGAGGACUUUUGUUGGCAAAGCUGAUUGUGUAUCUACGUCAGGUUUAUCAGCCUCCUUUCAUAUCAAGCUGAACAUGAAUCAUUUGCCAAAAGGGAACUAUUUCAUAGCAGAGUAGAUAAUACAGCAUGGAUAAAAGACAUUUGACAAACUCGGGUGCAACUCAGAGAGAAGCAAAAUUAUUUUAUUUAAUAAGGGAUAAGUCUGUACAAAUGAGAACAGAAGAAAAAUCUCUUGUAUUAACUCUCCUUUUCUCCCCUCCCACCACUGCAGUGGUAUAAUCAAAAUUUAAACUACUGUACAUGGGCGUAGCUCCCUUGCUAUCACUGGAGGUAUGCAGACUCAUACCAGCAGAAAAUAUGAUCCUUGUACUUUAUAGUAGGUUUACUAUUUUUCAGUGAUUUUUCCCUUGUUUUUAGUGGUUCAAGUUGUUUUCUUGGGACACUAUUGUGCUAUUUGAUAUCCUAUCAUUAAUAUAUAUUAGGCUGAAAAUAAUAUUCUACUACCUGCCUUCUUUUCCUUGAUUUCUCAUCCUGUUGUCCCAUCAUUGAAACUUUUUAUCAGCACUUGAACAAGGGAGAGGAGAAAUUAUUUUUCACACUGUAAGCCUGUUAGCUUCGUGAUGCAGAACAGAGAAAAAGGUUUUGCUUCGUGAUUAAAACUAAACGAGAUGUGUAGUAAUUUCCGUUACCUUUGUUUAACGGAGUGAAGUCUGGUGAAGUCCCUGCAUUUGUAUUUCUAACUAUCUGGCCCUGCGAUGCUUGGUGCAGUUUGGGUUGAUGCAGACUAGGUGGAGUAAAACUGAGCCUGUAGGGUGAACAGCGCAAGGCUGAGGAAACAUGCAUGAAAACAGACUGCAGAUGGGCGAGAUAAACAGGAUCCCCAGGCUGUGGCUGAGUAGGCAGGCCUCUUUAAUGGCUCUUAGCAACGCCCCUGCUUUGACCCUCCUCAUAUGUGAGGAAAAUCAAAUCAAUACACUGUUCUUCAAACCACGAUGCCGCAGCAGCAGCAGGGCAUUGUGGCAGCCUUCGGCUCUUAAAUUCAUCAACGCUUUUCAAUUUGCUGAUCUCUGGAUAUCCAUCCCGGCAUCUCUGCUGAGGAAGACCCUGACUGCAUCUUUAAUCGGAUUGCUUGAGCUCCCAUGUACAAUCUUCUUCUUAUUAGCAAGUAUUAGAGAUGGCUAACAGAGGACCAAGCUAUGGCUUAAGCCGAGAAGUUCAGGAAAAGAUUGAACAGAAAUAUGACCCGGAAUUAGAGUCCAGGCUGGUGAACUGGAUUAUUGUACAAUGUGGAGAACAGAUAGAGCACCCUCCUCCUGGAAGGCAACAUUUUCAGACCUGGUUGAUGGAUGGAACGCUGUUAUGCAAGUUAAUAAACAGUUUACAUCCAAAGGGAAAUGAGCCUAUUGCAAAGAUCUCUGAAUCAAAAAUGGCUUUCAAGCAGAUGGAACAAAUUUCUCAGUUCUUAAAAGCUGCUGAAAUCUACGGAGUAAGAACAACAGAUAUUUUCCAGACAGUGGAUUUAUGGGAAGGGAAGGACAUGGCAGCAGUGCAGAGAACCUUAAUGGCUCUAGGCAGUUUGGCUGUCACCAAGGACGAUGGCUGCUACAAAGGGGAUCCGUCCUGGUUUCACAGGAAAGCACAGCAGAAUCGACGAGGAUUUUCAGAAGAGCAGCUUCGUCAGGGACAGAACGUUAUAGGCCUUCAGAUGGGCAGCAACAAAGGAGCAUCGCAGUCGGGUAUGACAGGCUAUGGGAUGCCAAGGCAGAUUAUCUAAAUGCAUCGUUGUCUGUAGAGAAAACACUCCUUCUGCAGCAUGGUCUGUUAAAAAAAAAAAAAAAAAGGAAAAAGGAAAAAAAAAAGCUCAUUAGUUCCCUUUCUGCCUGGUUUUUAAUAGUUAGCUCUCUCUAAGGUUUGGGGUAUUUUUUGUUUGGUUUGUUUUAUUUGCAGCUGCCAGAGUUCAUCUAGGAACUUGGGUUUUCAUGGUGGUGUGUGUCAGUUCACAGCACGUACGCACUGCUGCCUCCUACUUUUCACUUCUGAACUAUGCAAAGACAAUUAUUCUGUAUUAAUUUAUUUGCAAAGUGUUAUCUUCCAUAUUUGUCUCACACCGCACUUGUAUUUCAACCAGUAAUCUCGUUCUUCAAUUCAGUGAUGAUAUUGUUUGACCUAAGAAUAAAGACAAAUUAAAGACA